AUGUCACGCCGCGGAAAGCCCGGUGCCCAUUCCGAAUACAGCAUCCGCUGGCAUAGCUUCGCCGACAUUACCACGCCCAGCGUGGACAUCAUGUCGUCCCCGGAUCCGCUCAACAAUUCGGGCGGCGAGGCCGUCAUCAUGCCGUCCUCGGCGCAUCGCGCGACGCGGAGCGUGACGCGGAGUCUCCGAUCCGACCGCUACCUCUCCAGAGACACCUCACCCCGGAAGCAAAUGUUCGAGCUCGAGGUCGGCGACAAUCGAGCACCGCAGAAAUUGCUCGUCACCGUCGAGACCGAGGGCGCGUCCGCGAAUGCCCCCGAUGGAGGCGCUCGACGGAAGCUCUUCCAAUCUUCGAGCCCCAUGCCCAUGAUACGACAGCGAGAGCGGGCCACAACGACGACUGUUCCACUGAAGGAUACGAUCGAGGAGGAGCCUAUGGAUAUAAACGCGACUCCAAGACGCCGGGGCCGACCGCGCAAAUCCAACGGAACGCCACUUCCUGGCGCGGGUGUGAAGAGGAGGGCGGGAACCCCUAUUAAGAGAACACCACGCCGGCCGCGGACGACGAAAUCUACUGAGGAAGACGAUGAUCUCGAGCUCCCGGAACCUGAAGUGCAGCCUACACCAAAGUCAGCGAGACGCGGCAGGCCUCCUAAGAACCGCACGGCCGAGCUAGAUGAUGGGCUUGCACCGCCUGAACCACAACCCACGCCGAAAUCUGCGAGACGGGGCAGGCCUCCUAAGAAUCGCACCGUCGAGCCCUCUAGUGAACUUGGCAUCGAGGCAGGACGCGGGAUUGCAUCUACGUCGAGGGGAAGACGCCGACAAGCACUUGCUCCUGAGGACUUGAUGGAGGUGGCCAAUGAGGUGACAGAACCUACUAUGGACGAGGAGGAUGAGCCCCAAGAAGACAAUGAGGUGACUCUGGUCAUCGCCCCUUCAGAAACAGGGGCGUCGGAAGCGCCUAUUGACACCCCUAUUAGGCCCGCCUCAGAAGCAGACUCGGAUAUUUGGAUGGCAACACUGGACGACGAUCCCACCCCACGGGCCGCCAAUCGAACGGCACAAUCACUACCGGCUUCUGAAUCCCCAGAGCCCGAAGCCGACAUGUCGCAAGCAGAGGAUUACGGAUAUCUCGCGCCAGCUGCGAGUGAUACCUCCUCGGCUGAUGAGCCUCUUAGCGAACCCAGACCCAGAGGCAACGACACUAUUGCACAGGGCGAGGACUUUAGUAUGAUAUUUAUGGACUCUCUGCCCUCGAUACAGGAACUGCGCAGCUCUGUCCGCGUACCGGCGGAAGACGAAUAUGGCGAGGAGACUAGUCUCAUCAUUAACAAUACCUUGGAAUCACUACGACAAUCAUUGCAACAGAGGGAGGGCCCUAAUGCAAAUAGGGAGACUGCUGAAACUUCCGAACACCCAUCGCUUGCAUUCAUCGAGCCUGCGUCGGCGGAGCUACACCAACCCAGUAUCCGACCACCAAUGACGUUUUCACAAAAUCGAAACCUGUCCCCGAGAUGGCUCCGAAGCCCACGACGAGGAAGCGUUUCGCCUCUCCGACACCAGGUUCUCAAGUUUAAGGCGAGGCAAACUGACGAAAAUGAUUCGAACGUCGCAGAGGGGAAUGUUGAGGGACCACACGUCCUGAGCCCCGAGCAACGAGGAUCGCCUGCAAACUUCAAUCAGGACGAAUCUAAUAUGUAUGAAGACUCGUUCUCGGAAAUUCCUCAGGAUGUGCUUGAGGCUGCUACCCCUCGACGGCCUAGAGUAGGUGUCAGGGACGAGGAGCUGAUGCAGGAGGAGCUGAUGCAAGAAGAACCAAUGGAGGAAGAGCCGGUGGAGGAAGAGCCGGUGGAGGAAGAGCCAAUGGAAGAACAACUAGCAGAAGAAGAGCUGGGAAAAGAAAUGAUGGAGGAAGAAAUGAUUGAACAACAACCUUUGGAACAACAACCUGUGGAAGAACAACCUAUGCACGAACAGCCUGUGGAAGAAGAACUGGCGGAACUAGUCGAACUAGUGGGCGAACAACCUUUGGAGGAAGCACUGGUGGAAGAGGAGCCCGUCGAAGACGACCAAGAGAUGAAAGAUGCACAACCACCCCAACAAAUCGAAAGCCAGUACGCACCAGAAACCGCUUCGAAUGUGAGCGUUGUUUCUCGAUCCGACGCAGGCCGCCUCCCUACUCCCGAUGACACCCCUCCUCAAAUCGGAGUCGAGGCAGAAGACCAGGGCAAGUCAACACAAACCUCUCAAGCCUCUGUUGGAGUUGUUUCUCCAAAGAUGUCGUCCCCGUUAGUCUUGUCUGCAUCCCGAUCUCAGCUCGUACCAGAGAUUGUGGAGGAGAUGGUCGACGAUCUUGAGGAAGAAUUUCCGGAGGCUUCGGUGCCAGAAACGUCAAAACUGUCGCUGGAUAGUCACUUGCGUCGGCCCGAAGUGACACCAGUCAAUCAAUUGACAUCUCCACUUCAGGACCCUCAGUCGCUGGUACCAGAGACUGCGCUAGACAAGAUGUCGCGACCUCUGUUGUCUCCCAUUGUACGAGCAGGGCGGGCGUUGCAAAGUGUGACCUCAGACCCUCCGUCGCCUGAGCCUCGCGAACACCCUCUGCGGAGCCCCUUCCGGAGCUCAGUUAGCAGAGAAUUGGGACCACCGGCUCAGGAUUCGCAACCCAGCCGUCGAAUAAGCUUGAGCCCAAGAAGGCCAUUCAACUUCACAGCUAGAAAUCAGGUCCCGUCGGCUAGCCAACUAUCCGAUGAUCCCUUUGUUUCGGAUAUGAGGCAUACUGGCCAGCUCAGCUUUCUGGAAGCACUCGAGAGGAGUGGCGGAAAUCGAUCAUCACAAAGGACACGUGAAUCGCCUCGAGACUCUCGAGCUAGCUCACUGCGCAUCACUCCCCCUAAUGAUGAGGUGAUGAGUUGGGUUGCCGAUGAGGGUCCGAUCAGUGCUAAUCUUCGAGGAGACGUCCCGCUCAAGGACUUUGCACGAUCCACAACCGCCGAAGUGACGAAGGGUUCCACAUCCUAUGAACAGCUGGAUGGUGCAGCUGAUGAUGUUGUCGAUGAUGUUGACGAUAAUGAUGCGCCUGAAGAGCGUGAUGAUGAUAUGGAUAUUUGGGAAUUUGAGGCGAAGCGGGCGACUCCUCGCACUACUCGCCAACAGCCAUUCGGGAAUAAGCGGCGUACUCUGCCCAGUACCUGGAUGAGACAGAGCACACGAGGGCCCCCGAGAGAGGAGGAGGCGUUCACUGAGGGUGCUGCAUCUGACGCCGACAGGACAGAGGAGGCCCAGGAGGAAUACUCUUUACUUGCACAGAGCAAAGGUGCUCAAGAGCCGGCAGGGCCGGUCGAGUCGGCAAAGAAAGCGAGUCGAUUCGACCUGGCAUCCUUCUUCUCGUCUCCAGCUGCCAUCCCUGGUAUGUUGGCCGAGAAGUUCCUUCCAGCCAAGACCGCGUCAGUCUUUGGAGCAAGACCUAGUGAGCCAGAGCCGCUUCAAGCUGAGCCAGUUCAAGUGGAUAUGGUUCAAACGGCGCCUGUUCUGCCCACUAGCUCCAUGUUCCCUCAAGUUGCGCAGAAGGAGUUCCAGCCCCGGAAGAGCUCCCGUAUCGAUCUCUUCUCUCCAUCGCGAGAUGAGGAGCGGGAGCCAAGGGAGGAAACGCAAGCCUCUUCACCUCAAGAAGCUCCGGAGGAGUCUGAGAUGCCAUCUGUAGCUCAGAAACAAAACUUCACGCCUCGACCCAAGGCCAAGCAACCCAACGCUGCCUUCUUCAAGUCUUCAGCUCGAUCGAGUGCUCCCACGCCACCACGAAUGCAGCUGUCCCACGCGGACAUCCAGAGGUGGCAGCAUGAAACCUCCGUGGCUAGCGAAGACUCUCCCGAGGUGUCUCAGCCGUUUCUGCGACCCCUGCCUCCAAAGCACGCCUCGCCGAGCAAGUCGAGUCUGCGGUCACCUAUGAAGCCUCACACUCCAGGGCGUGUUGUCGAAUUUACGAGCAGCGUCCUGUCGCCCGUGGAGCAGGCAAAGGCCCGCCAGGUUCGGCGUCUUUCCAACUCUUCAGCGUCCCAGGCCAGUCUCGCCCCGCAGCGUCAGCCCCCUCCUCCUCAAACAAUCGACAAGGAGAACCGUGACGCAUCAGACAUGUCCAUGUCUGAAGCGUCGCCCUUGGCUAAACCGCCACAGCCCGCACCGCUCUCACAGACCGUCUGGACCCGCCAACACUGGCUCCUCCUGGACGAGCUGCUCCAACUGCGGCGGGCAGGCCCAUACGAGCUGAACUAUGGACGCUGUGCGGACAAGUUCCUUGGAAAGACGGUUAAGAGCCAAGGCGAGGCCAUGGUGCUGGAGCGCUGGCACCUAGACUGCGUGGAUGCCUUCAAGGCAUCGGUUGGUGCGUGGGACGAGGCCGUGUUGGUCAAGAGGCUAUUCGCGUUGAUUCUCGGCGAGGAGAGGAGGAGCCGCGGCGUCUCAGAGACACCUGCACGAGUUAUGUUUCACUAA